AUGAUUGUCCUUAAAGGCACUCUUCUGUCUCUUGCUUAUCUUGCUUCUCCGUCCUUAUGUCUACUCAAUCUAGGUGUUCCGGGGAUCAGCUGGUCCUACGACUAUGUAGUGGUGGGUGGUGGUACCUCAGGCUUAGCGAUUGCAGCAAGGCUAGCUGAGGAUCCUGGAGUGACGGUGGCUGUUGUUGAAGCAGGUGGACAUUAUGAAAUCGAAGGUGGCAUGGAGAGCAUUAUCCCGGGGUUUGCUGCGGCGUCGAAUACUGGCACUGACCCCUCCGACGAUUCUCUGCUGAUUGACUGGAACUUCGAUACUUUGCCCUUGACGGCCGCAAAUGACCGAGUCCUUCGUUAUGCAAGAGGCAAAUGUUUGGGUGGCACCUCUGCGCGUAACUUGAUGGUCUAUCACCGUGGAACCCAGAAAACCUAUGAUCAAUGGGCAGACAUCACAGGAGAUUCCUCGUGGGCUUGGGAAUCGGUGCUGCCCUACUUCAAGAAGAGCUGCACGCUGACGCCACCGGAUAUGACCAAGCGCAACAAGAAUUCGAGCGUGACUUAUAAUGCAGAUGCAUUCGACAACGAUUUGGAUGGCCCUCUCCACGUCAGCUGGCCUAAUUAUGGCUCCCCAUUCUCCACGUACGUGGAAGUUGGGCUAGAAAAAAUCGGCAUUCUCCCAGGGCAAGACACGAACAGCGGCUACCUCAAUGGCUCUGCUUGGGCAGCCGCAACUAUUGACCCCAGCGCCGAAACAAGAAGCUCUUCAAAGACAAGCUUUCUACCUCAAUUUACGUUGAACUUCAACGUCUAUGCGCACACCCUUGCAAAGAAGAUCAUCUUUAGCGGAACUAAAGCUCGAAGCGUCAAGGUUGAGACUCUCGGCAUAUCUUACACUCUCACAGCAAAGAAGGAAAUAAUCGUUUCUGCCGGAGCCUUCCAGUCUCCCCAAAUCCUAAUGGUUUCUGGAAUUGGACCAAAGUCAACCCUGCAAGAGCUCGGUAUAAAAGUCAUAAAGGACCUCCCAGGCGUCGGUCAAAACCUCUGGGAUCAUGCACUCUUCGGAGUCGUCAAUAGAGUCAAUGUCGUUACUGCUAGCCGCCUUGUGAACGACGCCCUCGCCGCCGCAGAAGCUUUAGCCCAAUACGCCUUCCAAAAGGGACCCCUCACUGCUCCCGGUUUCGGCGUCCUAGGCUGGGAAAAACUUCCUAACGAUAUCCGCAAGCAUCUCACAAACAGCACUCGUGAAGCGCUCUCCGCCUUUCCCUCAGACUGGCCCGAAGUCGAGUACCUUAGCCUCGAUGGCAUUCUAGAUGGUUGGCACAGCGCCGAUGACCAGAACUUAGGAGACGGCUACGAAUACGGCACCAUUGCGGCCGCCCUUGUCGCCCCUCUCUCGCGGGGGUCUGUCUCUAUAAACAGCACAGACACCGCCGAACCCCCCCUUAUCGACCUUGGUUACCUCACUCACCCCGCAGACCGGGAAGUCGCCGUUGCAGCUCUCAAGCGCGCCCGACAGGCUUUCAACGCAUCUGGUGUCACAAUUCCCGGGGUUGACGAGCAUCGCCCCGGCCCGGAUAUUCAGACCGACGAGGAGAUCUUGGAUUUUAUCCGCUCGACUAUCGUGCCCGUUUGGCAUGCUGCAGGGACGUGUGCGAUGGGUAACUCUAGCAACCCUGAUGCUGUGGUUGACUCGAAUGGCCGGGUUAUUGGAGUACAGAACUUGCGCGUUGUUGAUGCAAGUAUCUUUCCAACUUUGCCGCCGGGACAUCCGCAGAGUACGUGCUAUAUGGUUGCCGAGAAGAUCGCGGACAAUAUCAGGAACGGGAAUUAA